GCCACCCUCGUCCUGACUGCCCAGCCCCGGCCUUCCUGCAUCCCGGCCUCGCGAGUGCGGGACGCGGCUGACGCAUCGGCUCUCGCUGAGCUGCCCCGGUUCGGGAACCCGGCGGCGGCGGCGUCCGUGACGGGAAGCCCACUGGCCAGGUAAGACACCUGCUCUGACUUGAGUUUCCUCAUCUGAAAUGUGAGGGACUGUCAGGCACUUUGCGACGGCUGCUGAUGGCUCACCAGGCUCUGUGGCGCUUAUGGCCUUGUUCUUAAGUUUUACAGAGUUAAUAGAGUGGAGACAACCUUGCUGAAGAUGAAGAAUAUACAAUAUUAGAGGAAAUUUUUUUCUUCUUUCUUUCCUUUUUCUUGUCUUCAGUUCCCACUUUUCAAUCAAGUCUGUUUCAUCAGAAAUGUUUUUUACAAUCUCAAGGAAAAACAUGUCCCAGAAAUUAAGUUUACUGUUACUGAUAUUUGGACUCAUUUGGGGCUUGAUGCUGCUGCACUAUACUUUUCAACAGCCCAGACCUCAGAGCAGUGUCAAGUUACGUGAGCAAAUACUAGACUUGAGCAAGAGAUACGUUAAAGCUCUGGCAGAAGAAAAUAAGAACGUGGUGGAUGUCGAGAAUGGUGCUUCCAUGGCAGGAUAUGCGGAUCUGAAAAGAACAAUUGCUGUCCUGCUGGAUGACAUUCUGCAACGCUUGGUGAAGCUGGAGAACAAAGUUGACUAUAUUGUUGUGAACGGCUCAGCAACCAACACGACGAAUGGUGCUGGUGGGAAUUUAGUGCCAGUCACCACCAAUAAAAGGAUCAAUGCAUCGGGCAGCGUGAGAUAGCACUUGAAGAUUCCGUGUGCUGCUCCAUCCACUGUGGGCUGUAUCCUGUCGCAGAAAAGCUUUGUAAUCGCUGGUUAGCACAGAGUAAGACUUGACAAUUAAAAGCUCUACGUGUUUCUAAGGAACAUGCUGGAUUCAUGGAACUCUAAUUCUGUAUAUAAAGUUUUCAGUGUUGUUAGUUUGCUUUCAGGCAAGUCUCUUCAAUGCUGUAUUAUAUCCCUAGAGGGAAUUUGACAACAUGGUUGAUGUAGGAAGCAGAUAGGUGAUCUUUGUAUAAAUCUUGUUUUUGAGAUCAAACAGAGACAAAAACACUGAAAGACAUGGAUUUAUUUCUGUAAAAUAUUUAUUUAAGUAUAUGACAUGUGUUUCAGACCAGUUGAGAAUAUGGUUAUUGACUCAUUCUGUCAUUUGUUAAUAGAUGUAACAGACUAAGGCUAUUAGAACACGUGCUUACGUCUAGUACUGUAUUUUGUUACUUAGAUUAUGAGCAGAAAAAGGAAAUAUAAUGUUGAAAAGGUUUUGAAAUCAUGACCCAAAGAAUGUCUUCACUUGCACUAUCCUUCAAAAUAAUGGAAGUUACUUAAUGUAUAUUUUAAAAAAUUACAUUUGCAAGAUUAUAAUCUUGUAAAGGGUAGCAGCCACUGUCCGAAGAGUAUUAGUAUUCUAAAAGUUGGGGCAAUUUAAUAACAUUAAUACAGCAAUCUAAUCUCAUACUUAAAGUUUUCUUACUUAACAUUGUGAAGAAUAAGAGAUAUUUUUAUGAUGAGAUUAUAAAUAACUAAAAUAUUCAUGAUUUUUCAUAUUCAUGAAUGUUAACUGAAAAGUUUAACUCCUUGAGUAUCUGUGCUGUCAGGAAAGCACAUUUCCAUAUUUGGGUACAUUUUGCUUUCAUUCUGUUGGUUGGGGAGGAGGGCACUGAGAUUUUAGGGAGACCAGGACUCUUAGGACUUGAUCAAAACGUAUAUAAUAAAAGUAUUUGUACUCCAUUAAAGUGCUCGGGAAAUGUUAAUAUUAUACAAGAGUGUCCAGCUUUAUGAAAUUUUGGAUAUGUAUUACAGGUCCAUUAGAUAACUCAUUUUAUACAAUGACCACUUAAAAUAAUUAAGAACAUUUAAACUAUAAAUUGUGAAGAUUAACUGUCUUUUCAGGAAAACAGCUACUGUAUAUAGCACAAGAAAUCCUAAUCUUGGGUAAUUCCAGUAUAGAACACUCUAUUUAAAAUUUCCUUUAGCAAAUUUAAUUGCCAUAUGGUGCCCUAUAUUUCAUAGUAUUUAUUCUCUAUAAAAACUGCAUAAGUGCAGCUAGCUUCUAGAUUUAGACUAUAUUGAAUUUAGUUUUGGAUAUUGUUCAUUAUUAUAAUGUGCUACCAAAUGUAGUAGCAAUAAUUACAAUAUUUUAUUAAAAUAGCUAUGAGAAAAUAUUGUUUCAUGAAAGAUGGUUUUCCAAACUGUCUUCUCUGUACUCAACCUUUAUGUGAAGAAAUCAAUUAUGUACUGUUGCCAGUAAAGUUCAGAGUAAUUGUUGAGUCUCUCUAUUAGAUGUUUUUAUUUUUUUGUUUUUGUUUUCAGGGAUCAAAUAAAAAUAUAUUAUUUGUAUUCAAAAAA